AUGGAUCCUCAGCGCUUUUAUGGUAAAAAACGUCCUGCAUUUUCCAUCCCAGAGAGUAGUGAAGAUGAGAAGGCAUCGGAUGAUGAAACUUAUAGAAACCCAGGUCCUGAGAUUUUCAUUCCAGAGAGCAGUGACGAUGAAAUCGCUUCAGAUGAUGAUCGUGGAAAUGUAGGUGAAUUUGAAGAAAUUUAUUUAGAUGACGACGCUCUUGAUAAUGAUUGCGACGAAUAUAUUCCUUAUGAAACGGAAGAAGAAGAUAUCUCAAGCAAGCCUUCUACGUCAAAACAGCGCACAGGAAAUAAGAGAAAGAAGGUUAAAUGUGUAUGGUCUGAUGAAAGUAUGGCGUAUGACGAGUCACAUAUUGCGUUUUUAGGAUGCCAAGAUCUCCCAAAUGAAAUUAUGAAACUCGAAGCGCCCAUGGAUUUCUUUAAAUUUUUAUUUCCUUCUUCAGCGAUUAAUUUAAUUGUAAGGGAGAGCAACUUAUAUGCUGAUCAAAUCACCGAAAGCAACCACAAUGAAGUCACGGAAGAAGACAUACGUAAAUUUUUAGGCAUAAUAAUUUAUAUGUCUGUGGUGCAUCUUCCAACAACACGUCAUUAUUGGAAGGAAGGUACAUACAUUGAAAAGGUGGCUUCAGCAAUGACUUGUAACAAGUUUGAAGAAGUAAAAAGGUUUUUACAUUUUUUUUAA